AUGGUGUUCGAGCGACUUCAGAGAUAUCAACUUCGAAUGAAUCCAUUGAAAUGUGCCUUUGGAGUUACUUCUGAAAAAUUCCUUGGUUUCAUUGUUCGACAUCGAGGAAUCGAAAUUGAUCAAGCCAAAGUUGAUGCGAUUUUAAAAAUGCCCGAGCCUCAAAAUAUUCAUGAGUUAAAAAGUCUGAAAGGGAAGCUAGCUUACAUUAGGAGAUUCAUUUCGAAUUUAGCUGGAAGGUGUCAACCAUUCAUUCGUCUCAUGAACAAGGGCGCCCAUUUCAAGUGGGACGAAGCAUGUACUAAUGCCUUCGAGAAUAUCAAGUCAUAUUUAAUGAAGCCUCCAGUUCUAGUAGCCCCUGUACCUGAAAAACCAUUGAUAUUGUACAUUUCAGCACAAGAAAGGUCGGUUGGAGCGUUGUUGGCCCAAGAGAUUAGCGAAGGGAAAGAAAAUUUUCUUUACUACUUGAGCAGAAUGAUGACACCUAAUGAGCUGAAUUAA